AUGGCAAAUCAAGCGCAUUGCGCUUACUGUUUCGAAACCCUCGCCGCGAACUUCGAGCGCCGGCAACCGCUCAGUCUCACCCAAGUAGAAGAGCUCUGGGAACAGCAUCACGCGAGCAAGGGCAAAGCCAUCGACAACGAGGAUGAAGAGCUCUCCGACGAAGAAGAUGCCGAGAUGACCGAUGCAGAGGCAGAACCAGCUCGGCCAGCAGCUAUAUCUCGCCUCUUGAAUCGCGAGACGGAUCAGUCAGCGGCAUCGUCGAGCAGCAGUCUGCCUUCCACGAAUUCGGGCAAGUCCUCAUCGAAGAGUGGAAGUAGUGCCUCGGGGACUGCGACGCCGGCCAGUUCUGUGAGUUCGAAUUCGCGGACUUCUUUGUUCUCCUUCUCGAGGAGAGGACGGGAGAGUGCGGAGGAGCAUCCUUUGUUCGUGACGUGGAAUACCGUGUCGAGGAGUGGUCACAAGAGUUUGAGGGGGUGUAUUGGGACUUUCGAGCCGCAGGAGUUGGAGUAUGGGCUGAGGUCUUAUGCGUUGACCAGUGCAUUCGAAGACGUCCGCUUCCAACCAAUCCCCGCAUCCCUCCUCCCAUCCCUGAGCUGCCAUGUCACUCUCCUCACGAACUUCUCCGCGCCCAACAAAGACCCGAUGGACUGGACGCUCGGCAAACACGGUCUCCGCAUCUCCUUCACGCACCACGGCCGUCGCUUCGGCUCAACAUACCUUCCCGACGUCGCAAAAGAGCAAGGCUGGACCAAAGAAGAGACACUCAUCUCGCUUAUGCGAAAAGCUGGGUGGAACGGCAGCAGUGGUUCGUGGCAGAAGGUCUGGCGUGAUGGGAAGGGUGAGCUUGUCACGUAUGAGGGCAAGCAGGUGGGAUUGCACUACGGUGAAUGGCGGGAGUGGAGGGAUUGGGUUGAUGAGCAGGGCGUGAAGAGCAAGGCGCUGAAUUAA